AUGCUCCUCGAGGCAGGUAAGAUCAUCUCCAGAACCAUCCUCCCGCCCGACUCGGUCAUCUACCGCUUCAAAAAGGAGAUGAAGGAGCGACUACGCAGGCAGAAAGCCGCACAGACGCGAAAGUCGCCCGAGCCUGUACAGGCGCCUUCAGACUUGCCCGCACCUCGGCUAGCAUCCCGAUCGAAGAGGACUGCCAAACGCAAGAUCGUCGAAUCCCCAGAGCCGGAGUCUCAGCCCGAGUCAGCCAAGCGGUCAAGGCUAGACCAACCUGCAACUCCGUCAAAGAGCAAAACGCCAGCACGAUCCCCAAAGGUUGCCACGCCCACUCGACCAGUCAGGAAAGGCAGCGCAAAGAGUCCCAAGAAGCCACUCGUGACGGAGAAGUUACCAGCCACGCGAGCGACGAGCGCGAAAGCCCGUGGGAAGCAGCGAGCUAGUACAGAUGAGACGGAGACUCAGGAGGAGUCUGUCGAGCUCGUACCGCCCUCGCCGCCACUUGGCAGAGGCAGGCGGCAGCGCAAACCCUCGCAUGUGCCUGAAGCAUCAACGUCUGCACAGCAGGAAUCUGUCACAGAGACGGAAGCAAGCAGUAGCGCGAGAACGCACAUUAGCACGACGCAGAGCUCUGCUGCGCCUGAUGCCCCGCCGAGCAGCGUCAUGCAAGUCGAUCCACCGCCGAAUCUGCCAGUGCCAACAAUAGCAUCGCAACGGCCCAGACAGUCCCAAGACGAUGCGCCGCCAGCUGUCAAGCCUGUUGCGCCAAGUCGCCGACCGAGGAUGGUAGAUCCUUCAGCCAAUCCCGCAGUUCAAGCGAUGCAAUACCUACAAGAUCGCAUGUCGAGCAUCUCGCAGGUCGAGCGAGCUUUUGCCAGCACUUCUUCGGCCAUCGAUGCGCCUGGCUUGCCCGUCAUCGGGGCCAUCGAGACGCAAAUCCGUCAAGCGCUCAAGAGCACCAUCACGCUAGGAGAAGGCAACUGCUUACUCUUACUUGGCGAGCGUGGCGCCGGCAAAUCGACUGUUGUCGAGCGAUCGUUGCAGCUCAUGCAAGAAGAGCAUGGCGAAGAGGCGUUCAUCACCGUCAGAUUGAGUGGCCUGGUGCAGGCCAAUGAUAGACUAGCGCACCAAGAGAUGGCUUCCCAGCUUUGCACACAUGCCGAAGGGCUAGAAGAUAUCACCGCUUCUAAUGAAGCUAUACUCAGCUCGAUCCUCGGCUUGCUCGAACCCGGCCAGAAAGCCGUGACGAGCCAGCAAAGCAGACCCCUCGUUCUCGUACUGGACGAAUUCGAUCUCUUUGCUACCCAAGUCGGGCGGCAGAGCUUCCUCUAUUGCCUGCUCGAUAUCGUUCAGAGCAACCGGCGUGGCGGUGGCAUGCUCGUCCUCGGCCUGUCUUCGCGUGUCGAUUGUCUGAACAAGCUAGAGAAGCGUGUGAAAUCUCGCUGUCAGUCGCGCGUGCUAUACGUCAAGCCAAUCAAGGCGAAAGAGCAUAUCGAUGCUCUCGUGACGACUUAUUUAGGCUACGACGCGAUCCAUCCGCCCGAUGACUCAGCUGUGGCAGCUAUAUUGGACGACUGGCAGACAGCUCUGCCUGCCUUUCUUCACGACAAGAAGCGCUCCGCACAUCUGGCUGAGCUCUUCCGAAAGCCGCAGGCGACUCAGCGAUUGAUUAAUAUCAUGCGCCAUGCAUUGGUCCGAGCUGUCGCACUACUUGCAGACUCGACAAACUGCACACCGAGCUUCGUCGUUGCCACACUACAAGCUGCUCUAUCGGAUCAGAUCAACAAGCAAAGUACAGUCACGGCGGUCUCGUAUUGCACUGUGACGGAGCUGGCCGUAUUGGUCGCUUGCAAGCAUCUUUCGUCAGAGCUCACAGACACCUUCAACCUCGCAAUCGCCUACGAGCAAUACCUCGAUCACAUGCGUAGAGCAGCCGAUAGGGACAGACCCUACUCAUUCCAGAUAUUCGGCAAAGCCUUCGAGAGUCUAUACGAUCGAGAGGUCAUCAUGGAUGCCAGUGCCACUUCGCGCAAGAACAUCAAGACGAACGAAGCCAUGGCUUGCUCGAUCACAUCGACACGAGGUCGUUUUAGAAUGUGUCGGCUGGUUGUCUGGCCGGAAGAGAUCGACGCUGCGCUCAGAGCAACGGGCGCAUCGCUGCCAGAGCACCUUCAUCGAUGGAGCAAGAAUUGGUCCAACUAG